AUGUCAGCUGGUAUGUUUCCAAAGUGGGAUAUGGGGGAAACAAGGAGAAUGGAGAAUAGAGAAUAGAUCAGUCGAGAAGGAUUAUAGCACUCGAUGGAUGGGAAAUUUUCAAUAUGUGGAAGAAGAAGCGUCGAUAAGUGGAAGAAGAAACUGUCAUCGAGUCAAUGACAUCGAACCUACCCCAUGUAUUCGUCCUUGGAACGUAUUGCAGCUUGUGCUACGAUUGUGGGAAGAAUCAGGAAUGAACAGUUCUAGAAGAAAGGACACCCAUCGUUGAAGUUGGCAAAGAAGUGGCAAAGAAGUGGCAAAAGAUCAAGGAAAUAAUUCAAGAGAAAUCAAAAGACCCACUAGCUCCAAUACUUCCAUUCCAUCGCGGAGGAAAAUGUUUUCCCUCCUCAGUGAGCUUUCCCCACUCGAUUGAAACCAAGACUCCAUUUUGUUUUUGAAUUAAAUUUGAUUUUUUUUUCUUUCGUUUUACUAACAUUAGUCAACUUUAGACCGUUCUCAAGUUUUUGGUGUUGCAAGAAUCUUUGCCUCAUUCAACGAUACCUUCGUACACGUUACUGAUUUAUCAGGAAAAGAAACCAUUGCCAGAGUCACUGGUGGUAUGAAAGUCAAGGCUGACAGAGAUGAAUCAUCCCCAUACGCUGCUAUGUUGGCUGCACAAGAUGUUGCUGCUAAAUGUAAGGAAGUUGGUAUUACUGCUGUCCACAUCAAAUUGAGAGCUACCGGUGGUACCAAGACCAAGACCCCUGGUCCAGGUGGUCAAUCCGCUUUGAGAGCCUUGGCUAGAUCCGGUUUGAGAAUUGGAAGAAUCGAAGAUGUUACUCCAGUUCCAUCCGAUUCCACCAGAAGAAAGGGUGGUAGAAGAGGUAGAAGAUUGUAA